GCGUGAUAUCCUUCCGCUGGAGAGAAGCGCGCGGCCCUUUCCCUCUGGAUGAGAACGGGCUUCAGCCGUUAAACCGGAGAGCGACCGGGAACCGACGACCACGAGUAGGAUCCGCGCCCCAGCCGCCCUUGUGCUGCCGUGACCCGCCCCGGGCCCGACCCGCCCUGGAACACUGACCCGCUCCGCUGCGGCACGCGGACACCGACACCUGCGAGCAAACAGACCCCGAACAGAGCGACGGAGAGCGGCUGCCGGCGGACGGACGGACCGACGGACGGAAUGGAGCUCAUCACCAUCUUGGAGAAAACCGUGUCUCCGGAUCGGAAUGAACUGGAGGCGGCUCAGAAGUUUCUGGAGCAGGCGGCCAUAGAGAACCUGCCCACGUUCCUGGUGGAGCUGUCCAAGGUGCUGGCCAACCCGGGGAACACCCAGGUGGCCCGGGUGGCGGCCGGUCUGCAGGUCAAGAACUCGCUGACCUCCAAAGACCUGGACGUGAAGACCCAGUACCAGCAGAGAUGGCUGGCCAUCGACACCAACGCACGCCGCGAGAUCAAGAACUACGUCCUACAGACCCUGGGUACAGAGACGUACCGGCCCAGCUCGGCGUCGCAGUGCGUGGCCGGCAUCGCCUGUGCAGAGAUCCCAGUGAACCAGUGGCCGGAGCUGAUCCCACAGCUGGUGGCCAACGUCACCGACCCGUCCAGCACCGAGCACAUGAAGGAGUCCACGCUGGAGGCCAUCGGAUACAUCUGCCAGGACAUCGAUCCGGAGCAGCUGCAGGAGAACGCCAACCAGAUCCUGACGGCCAUCAUCCAGGGCAUGAGGAAGGAGGAGCCCAGCAACAACGUCAAACUGGCAGCAACCAACGCCCUGCUCAACUCCCUGGAGUUCACCAAGGCCAACUUCGACAAAGAGACGGAGCGACACUUUAUCAUGCAGGUGGUGUGUGAAGCAACGCAGUGUCCAGACACCAGAGUGCGUGUUGCUGCUCUGCAAAACCUGGUGAAGAUCAUGUCUCUGUAUUAUCAAUACAUGGAGACGUACAUGGGACCGGCUCUGUUCGCUAUCACCAUCGAGGCCAUGAAGAGCGACAUUGACGAGGUGGCGCUGCAGGGCAUCGAGUUCUGGUCCAACGUGUGCGACGAGGAGAUGGACCUGGCCAUCGAGGCCUCGGAGGCCACGGAGCAGGGCCGUCCCCCGGAGCACACCAGUAAGUUCUACGCCAAAGGAGCCCUGCAGUACCUGGUCCCCAUCCUGACCCAGACACUCACCAAACAGGACGAGAACGACGACGACGACGACUGGAACCCCUGUAAGGCGGCGGGGGUGUGUCUGAUGCUGCUGGCGACCUGCUGCGAGGACGACGUGGUUCCUCAUGUCCUGCCGUUCAUCAAAGAGCACAUCAAGAACCCCGACUGGCGGUACCGCGACGCCUCGGUCAUGGCCUUCGGGUCCAUCCUGGAAGGACCAGAACUGAACCAGCUCAAGCCUCUGGUCAUCCAGGCUAUGCCCACGCUCAUCGAGCUGAUGAAGGACCCAUCCGUGGUGGUCCGGGACACCACGGCCUGGACCGUGGGCCGGAUCUGCGAGCUGCUGCCCGAAGCCGCCAUCAACGAAGUCUACCUGGCGCCGCUGCUGCAGUGUCUGAUCGAAGGUCUGGGGGCGGAGCCCAGGGUGGCGUCCAACGUCUGCUGGGCCUUCUCGUCUCUGGCCGAAGCCGCCUACGAGGCCACGGACGCCGCCGAGGACCAGGAGGAGCCCAGCACCUACUGCCUGUCCUCGUCCUUCGAGAUCAUUGUCCAGAAGCUGCUGGAGACCACAGACAGACCUGACGGACACCAGAACAACCUGCGCUCGGCCGCCUACGAAGCCCUGAUGGAGAUUGUCAAGAACAGCGCCAAAGACUGCUACCCAGCGGUCCAGAAGACCACGCUGGUCAUUAUGGAGCGGCUGCAGCAGGUCCUGCAGAUGGAGUCCCACAUCCAGAGCACGUCCGACAGAAUCCAGUUCAACGACCUGCAGUCUCUACUCUGCGCCACCUUACAGAACGUUCUGCGUAAAGUGCAGCAUCAGGACGCUCUUCAGAUCUCUGAUGUGGUGAUGGCGUCUCUGCUCAGGAUGUUCCAGAGCACCGCAGGCUCCGGCGGCGUCCAAGAGGACGCUCUGAUGGCCGUGUCCACGCUGGUCGAAGUUCUGGGCAGUGACUUCCAGAAGUACAUGGACGCCUUCAAACCGUUCCUGGGCAUCGGACUGAAGAACUACGCCGAGUACCAGGUGUGCCUGGCGGCGGUGGGCCUGGUGUGCGACCUGUGCAGAGCCCUCAUGUCCAACAUUCUGCCUUACUGUGAUGAGAUCAUGCAGCUGCUGCUGGAGAACCUCGGGAACGAGAACGUGCACCGGUCGGUGAAGCCUCAGAUCCUGUCUGCGUUCGGGGACAUCGCUCUGGCCAUCGGAGGAGAGUUUAAGAAGUACCUGGACAUCGUCCUGGACACGCUGCAGCAGGCGUCGCAGGCGCAGGUCGACAAGACGGACUACGACAUGGUGGACUACCUGAACGAGCUGCGGGAGGGCUGUCUGGAGGCCUACACCGGGAUCAUCCAGGGCCUGAAGGGGGACCAGGAGAACGUCCAUCCUGACGUGAUGCUGGUGCAGCCUCGUGUGGAGUUCAUCCUGUCCUUCAUCCACCACAUCGCCGAGGAUGAGGACCACUCCGACGGCGUGGUGGCCAACGCCGCCGGCCUCAUCGGUGACCUGUGCACGGCCUUCGGUAAAGACGUCAUGAAGCUGGUGGAGGUGCGCCCGCUCAUCAACGACCUGCUGACGGAGGGACGGCGCUCCAAGACCACCAAGACCAAGACCCUGGCCACCUGGGCCACCAAGGAGCUGCGCAAGCUCAAGAGCCAGGCCUGAUCGUGUCUUGUCGUCGUCGUCGGAGGCUUCAAGCUCUGGGAGACGUUGUCGAACGGUGGCCUCUGAUUGGUCGGCCGUGUGUCUGUGUGUGAGCGAGCGAGCGACGUGUGUGAGUGACGGACGACAUCACACCACCUUCAGUCGCCUCAGUGACCUUUGACCUUCCCCCACCCACCCACCCCCUCCUCUUUGACGCCUGUGGACUCGGACUGAACUUUGACCUCCUCCUUACUCCCACGAUGCACCUCUCUGGCCGUAGCCGGGCUCGAUGACAUCAUCCUGACCCCGCCCACCUUCGACUUGGGGGGGGGGGGGGGUGGCGGGAGGACGGAGGGGGAGCUUCGACAAAAUAAAAGACUGUGAUGAGAUGAACCAGACUCUGUGGAAACGUAGGUUUAUGUUGCUCUUUUGUUUUUGUUUUUUUUUUCUUCUUCUGUGGUCGGACAGCGAAGGACGUCUGACGGACAGGAAGUCCAACGGCAGCACUAGAUCCUUUCAAAUUAAAGCUCCACCCAUCAACGCGAAAACACUUAACGAGCGGACGACCAGUGCCAAACAAACCCGUAGUUUAAAGGAGACGCCGCCGCCUCCGAGCAGGGCAGCGCGCCGCCGGUUCGACUCCCGCUGGUUUGACUCCGCCUCCAGGUUUCGGGGGGGGGGCGGGGUCACUUACAUUUAUGAUGUUAAAUAUAUGAAACGCCCGUCAGAAGAGUUUGUAUGAGGUUCUAUUUUUCCAUUUUGCUCUGAUUGAUUAAAUAAAGAUGUGAAACAUUCCCCGUCAGCUCCUGCUCUUCUUCUUCUGCUCGUGUUCAUCUGUCGGACCCUGGACUCCGCCUCCCGCUCUCCUGGACUCCGCCUCCACGCCACAGCCUGGGUUUUCCUCUGUGGUUUUUGUUUUGUUUUCUUUUUUACUUAUUGCUUCUUCUUGGGUUUGAGACUCCGAGUCCGAGCCGUCGGCUGAAACGGGGGGAGGGGGCUUUUAUUUCAUAGGGAGGAGGCACUUCCUGUGUUGACAUGGGCUUUUAUUUUGUAGGAGAAGGCACUUCCUGUGUUGACGUGCUAAACGGCGACUCGAUGAAUCUGAAUUGUGAAUCAUUUAAAGCCAAUCUGCUUUUUAUUUCCUAUUUAGCGGAAAACUAAUAAAGUCUAUAUUGUACUGAA